GAACCUGUGCAUCCUUCAAAGCCACACUUGCGGCCAAAGCGAGUGAUGCAAGUCGUGCCGGAUGUGCAGCUUUGGUCGAACAGGUAUGUUCAGGUAGCAUUCGACGAGGAGCCUCGCGGACACAUGGUGCAGCAAAACGACCUGUUGCUGAGAUCUGCGCCCGACCCGCGGACGACGUGCUUCAGCCUCUUCAACCCUCGUUCGGGAGAUGCCGAUGCCUACAACUUCCAGCAGCAGUACUACUGGAGCAACCGGGGUGGCUUCCAGCAAGCUGAUGAGAUUGGUGAGGGCAAGACCGCUGUGCUGUUCAUCCCGCGCUCUGCCGCAAAUGGUGAGGAGCCGAAGCAGGCGAAGUUCAUCCUCGCGCCCACGAAGAUGGCACUGGCGAAGCUGAAGGCGCAUCGUCUUGACAUCGAGGAGGACACGAAGGCGCUCCGGGUGACGGUCCGCCAACCCGCGGCAGCAGAGUCUGCGGAUCUCUCCGCCUCCGCACCUGACUCGGCGCAGCCGGACUCGGCCGAACCUGUGAACUCCGCAGAGCCCGUGGAGCCGGUGGAGCCGGCGGAGUGA